AUUGAACGACUAAGAACAACGCUGAUUUCAAGCAGAACUGUGAUUAUUUCUAAAUAAGACAACAAUGGUUCCAGAUAGUGUAAUUAAUGUGGAAAGAGCAAAGAACUUUACGAAUAUAUUAAAGAAUGGAGAUAUUCAACCAGUAGACGUUGGUGACAUAAUUGAGUUGAGAUUGCCAAGUUUAUAUGAUCGUGAAAAGAUAAAGAAUGCACAGCGAUUUUUCCGAUGUAAUUUUUAUGCAAUGAUGUUUGCAAUGUACUUGGGAGUGCUCUCUGUUCUCUCCAUUCCAUCAAUUUUAAACGUUUUAAUUCAUACGAAUAAAAGUUCAUCGAAUGUGAAUGCUUACAAGAGAUAUAUGCGGACAAUUUAUCACACUUUAUCUUGGUUUCGUCAUGAUUUAACACCUGGAACAAAAGCAUGGAAGUCAUUAGAAGCAGUUCGUAAAUUUCACUUUUCAGCAGAUCGAUCUGCCAAGCAUUCAAACGUUGGAAGCAUUUCACAAAAAGACAUGGCAAUAACACAAUUUGGAUUUAUGGGAUUUGUAGUCUUGUCACAAAAGCAGUUGGGGAUUCAAGGCAGUGCAAAAGACCUCGAAGAUUUCUGUUAUUUUUGGAAGGUUCUUGGAACUCUUGUUGGAAUACGUGACGAGUACAAUUUAUGCUGUGAAACUUUUGAAGAAACAAGAGAACGACUUGAAAUUGUGCAGCACGAGUUCUUCACACCUAAUCUGACGAAUCCUCCAAAUGAAUUUGAAAUAAUGACAAAAUAUAUUGUGAACGGUCUUCGAUGCUUCGACCCUUUUGAUUCAUACAACGAAAUUAUUUUCAUGUUGAAACGACUUUCCGGUGUCCCAAACUACUUUUACUUAAAUAGUGAAAUUCCUGAAAAUUAUGAGAGGGAAAAUUUGGAAAUUUAUAAAUAUUCUUAUUGGGAUCGAUUUGUUAUUUGGCUUGGGAUUAUGACGAGACAAUUUCUGCUGAGAUUCUUCAUUAUCCGCUGGUUUUUCAAUGGUAUCGUUCACAUUAGUGAAUUUCUUAUCCGAUAUUUUCCUAUCAUUGCGUUCUUUAAAUUUGGGUACAAAAACUCUUAUGUAGACCUAAAAACUUAAAUGAAGCCAUUGGCAGAUGUUGGUGAAUGUACGUAAAUGAGAUCAAUCAC